AUGGGCACCGUGGUGCUGAGGCUGCCGCUGCCCGGCGCCGCCUGGCACGGCGUGUCCGAGGAGGAGUUCGACGUCAGCGUCUGCGAGCGCGGCCUCCGCGUGGCCUGCGGGCGCGAGCUCGCGGCCGCGCGCAAGGGGGCGGAGCCGCUCUGCGGCUGGGCCAGCGGCGAGCUCGCCCACGAGGUGCUGCCCGGCUGCUGCUGGUGGCACCUGGACGCGGACCCGGAGGCCCCCUCGGGCGGGGGCCGGCUCCUGGUGAUCGGCCUCGUCAAGGCCCAGGAGCGCUCCUGGCAGGGGCCCUUCCUGGACGCGCCCGCGGCGGGGCCCGCGGACGCGCUGGCCGGCUGGGCCGCGCUGCCGCCCGGGCGCCCUGCGCCUGCGGACCCGCCGCUCGGCGCGGGCUCACGCGUGCGGCCCGCCGCGAUGCUCGCGGAGCUGGUGCAGUCGCAGACCGACGAGCUCGUGUCGCUGCACCUGGUGCUGCACCGGGCCGAGCUCGACGCUGCCAGGGCGGUGCUGGCUCCGUCCCGCACCUGGGGCCUGGACGUGUGGGGCAGCGGGCUGCGCGUCUUCGUGCGUGGUGCGGAGGGCUGCCCGCUCCUGUCCGGGAGGCUCUGCCAGCAGGUGGUCCCCAGCCAGACAGACUGGAGCAUGGUGAAGGUGACGACGGAGGUCGCUGCCAGAGCAGACGGCGUCGAAGCACGAGAGACUCGACCCGCGCUGUCGAUCCAGCUGCGAAAGGCGGACGGGUGCAGAGGUCCGUGGGACUGGAUCCUGGACCAGGACCGGUGCUGCGCGGCGGCCCAGGGCCCGCCUGUCGCGGACAGCCUGUGUGAGGAGGACCAGGAGGCACUGGAGCAUGCCGCGGGUGGCGCGAGUGAGCUCAAGGCCAGGGGCGACGAGUGCUUCAAGAAGCGCCAGUUCGACGAUGCCAUAACCCUUUACUCCGAGGCCCUCGGCUACGCUCCAGACAACGAGAAGCUGCUGUCCAACCGCAGCGCGGCGCGCGUGGAGGCGGGGCGCUUCCAGGAGGCGCUCGACGACGCCCUGCGCUGCGCGGAGCUCGCGCCGGAGUGGCCGAAGUCCUUCUUCCGGCAGGGUGUGGCGCUGCGGGGGCUGCGGCGAUACGACAUGCUGUCCUGGCGCUGCCCUUGA